UGGUGGGGCAAGAAUUAUAAAGACUGCCAAGGGCUAGGGAAGACCAUUGGGUGUUGAGUUGACCAGCCAUCCCAAGGACAGAGAGAUUGCAACUGCUCCCUUGGAGCUAUCAAGACUCAAGUGACUCAGAUGAUCAGAAUACACAGCUAUCUCCACCGACAGAAGAUGCUCUGGGUUUUUGCCCUGACUCUCUUGACUCCCUGUUUGCAGCAGGCCAGAGCGGCCAAUGGGGGCUUGAAAAUCCGGCUCGCCCAGAAGGGUCUUGAAUACGGAAAGGAGUUUGGGCUGCAGAUGUUGACCUCAAUGCUGAUGAAAGAACGAAUUGAAGACAUCAGUGGCUCCUAUUCUUUUCCUCUUUAUGGCAUUGUACAUUAUUCUGUAUCAGGGAUCCAGAUCAAGCAUCUUCAUGUAAACCACUCCACCGUUGCCUUCGUGGAGGGGAAAGGUCUCAGCCUCAACAUCCAAAAUGCAGAGUUCAUGCUCAGUGGCACAUGGAAUCUGUCAACCAGACAUGAAACUGGCACUGUUGACAUCAGCAUAAAACAGCUCUCCCUUUUUACUCUCCUUGGACUGGACAGAGAUGACCGAGGACGGCCAGAUGUGUGGUAUGCUGACUGCCAUUCAUCCAUCGGAGACUUGGAUGUGACAUUCCAUGGGCAGUCAAGCUGGCUGUACAAUAUCUUUGCGAUUGGUCUCAAGGGGAUGCUGCGAUCAGAAGUCAACAAAGAACUGUGUGCUGAGGUUGAAAGAGGAAUCUACGAACUGGCGCACAGCCUGAGAACUAUGAGAGUCUCUACCCAGAUUGACUCCCUUGCUGCGAUUGACUACUCCUUGGUGAACAAGCCAGAUGUUGGUGUGGAUCGAUGCGAUGUGGACCUCAGGGGUGAAUUCUUCCCAGUUAGGAAAUUCUUUGUACAUGCUCUCCUCCCGGUUCCUCCUUUCCACCUGCCCAACCAGUCGGACUCCAUGCUCCUCCUGGCGAUCUCCGAUUUCAUCCUCAACUCAGCCGCUUCUGUGUAUUUCAAGGCUGGAGCGCUAUGGGUGAACAUCACAGAUAAUAUGAUUCCAAAAGGUGUUCACUUCCGCCUCCACACUAAGAACAUGGGGAUGCUCAUACCAGAACUGAAGAUGCAUUUCCCAGAUAUGGCCAUGGAGGUUCUCCUUGCUGCCCGAAAGCAACCUGUGUUCAGCUUCCAUCCUGGCAGUCUUGACACAACCAUCUUUGGGUCUGCCGAGUUCUUUGUUGUUCUGCCAAAUGCCAGACGGGUCUCUGUCUUCCUACUAAAUGUCUACAUCAGCCUCACAGGACAAGUUUAUCUCGAAGAAGUCAAAUCUGAGAAUUCUCUUGGCAAGGUUGGCGGCUCGUUGGCCAUGAAAAAGUUUCACCUGGAGUUGGAGAAGUCCAACAUUGGAGAUAUUAAGGUGAUGCAUCUGGAGAAGCUCCUGAAAUUAUUUAGCCCGUUGGCAUUAUCGAAGGUCAACAGGAACCUUAAGAGAGGAGUGAUUCUUCCCAGCAUCGGUGGUGCUAGUGUGAUGAAUCCCAAAGUUACAAUGCAUGAGGGCUACAUGCAAAUAGCAACAGACCUGCAUCUUCAGCUCCCCCCAACUUCCACCUCAAGGCCGAGUACUGAAGAGUCUCCUUCCACAACAGACACCUGGGUAGUGAUCGAUUGACUUCUGAUGGGUCUGAGCAGAGCUAUGUCCCCAUGGGCCUUCCUUGGAACUAUUAUGGGCCUGCUUUGUGGUGGCUCCUCACAUGACAGAAGUAUCAACUGCAAGCCUCCCCUUUGCUAACACAUCUGUUGCUGCCACUUCUGUGACAUUCAUGCAGCGACAUGGAGAUGCUAAAGAAAUGUGAUUUUCUCUGUCUCCAAAUGAAAAGGCAGAACCUGUUCCGAAGUGAGUGACCAUAAUGGUUUCACAGCGACGUAUAUGCCAGUGCCAUCACCAUCAUGCGUCCUCCUGACUCUCCUUAAUACUAUACUAUGGGAAUGCUACAAAUAUCACCUUCCCCUCUCCCAAUAAUUACUGGGGACAAUAAGUUCCAAUGCAGAAGCAUCUUUUCACAAUUGUUUUAAAGGAGGGGAAGGGUUUUCCCUAAUUUUGCUGUGACUUUUGAGUUUAGCACCUCGUCUAGACAUAUCCAGCCUUGCUCUAGGUCUGUACCAGUAGGAUGACUGUACAAAUGUUUUUUUGUCUUGUUGCAGCUAUGCAGCCCACUGGUCUGUCAGAGGACUUGGGGAUACUCUGCUACUCCAACAUGCCAUUAGAAAAAAUUGCACUACUGCAGCAAAAUGUAGUCGUAAUAUGGAGGUGUUUCUGCCCAGCAUUGUAGCUGCCCAGCCUUUUCAUGCGCAUUCCCUUCUGUUCCCUCCCUGGUUUUCUGGGAUUGCAUCCACACUGCAGAAAUAAUCUGAUUCGACAACACUUUAACUGCCAUGGCUCAGUGCAAUUAAAUUCCAGGAAGUGUAGUUCGCUGUUGCAAUCCAACAACAUCUGGAGCCCCCACCUCUGAUUUAGAGCAAAGAUUUGAAAGGUCCUGUGGGCGAGGCCUAUGAAAUGAGCCCAACUUGCCUUCCUUAUUCAGAAUGGAGGUGGUUCCCUCUUUUUUUGUAUUAUAUGCAAUGUGAUUAAUAAAGUUU